AUGUCAGAACUAACAAAUAUCCGUGUUCCCACGCCAUCCAACCCCUCGAAUCUAGCCCCGCGCUACGAAAUUCGAAAAUUAAAACCCGUCCACCUCCCCUGGGCUACUGCCAUCCUUGCCCACAGCCACGGCUUCCACUCAAAUGUCUGGCAGAAAAUCUGGCCCGACCGCGACCUUGGCCGCUGGGUCGUCGAAAAUUCUCUCAACUUUGAAUACCUAGUCCGCCACCAAAUCGACUCUGGUCUCUCCUUUGGCGUCUUCGACACAGAAUACGUCUUCAAAACCGAUGCAGCGCGCGCCACAGGCGGCGCCCUCCUCUGGGACGCCGACGAACAGGCUACACAGAGUGUCGAAAAGACGCAAGGCCGCGCAGCAGAAGCGAAACGGUUACUAGACCAGAUGGACUUUCCGCUCGUAAGCAUAAUCCUCAGCUACGAUGGCUUCAAGCCGCUUGACCCCGAGAAAAUGAAACCCUUACUCGCCGCUUGGCCUGAAUUCCCUAUUCUCUACGGCGUGCUUGAAAAGCGAGACCAGCGGGACCCGGCGUCGUGGAAGGCCACUGCGCCGCGCCAGGUACUCAUGCGCAAUGCGACGUCUACGCGGGGCGACUAUGAAGGGCGGGGUAUCAUGGGGGCUGCGGCACGGUGGCUGCAGCGCGAGGCGGCGCUGAUGGGAUUCCGGGGGAUUCAGAUUGAAGCAAUGGCGGAUAGGGUGAUUCGUGUUUGGACGGAGGGUGUACAGAAGCCGUUUAAGGGGACGGUGGUAAGUGAGUUUGAGUGUCAGACGCUGGAGGUUGACGGGGAGAAGCCUUUUGGGGCGGCGAGGCAGAGGGUUGUUAAGGCUUGGGUUGAUUUGACGGCUUGA